AUGAACGGCAAGGGAGAGGGCGUCAAGCCCAGCAUUGACUCGGAGGAUGCCACCCUCAGACCAGCAGCUGCGCCCAUGACCGGAUCGCCCUUCAUGGGCGCCCGCAUACUUGAUCGGCACUGGCAUGUUCGUUUCUGGGAGCAGUUCACGUCACUUUCCUAUAAGAACAUGAUAGUGGCUUAUAGGAACCUGCGCGCCACGCUGCUGCGUAUCAUAGCCCCACUGUUCUUCAUGUUCCUGCUCUGGCUGAUCAACAUCGCGGUGCGCAACGACAACCCAUACCUUGAGUACUUUGUCGACAACCCGGACCCAGCCGUGGUCACGGUGGGGGCCAUCCCCGCGUGUGCCACCGACAUGUACAUUGAAAGCCCUUGCUGGGACUUCCUGUACCAGCCCAACAACAACAGCGCUGUUGAGGCCAUCGUCACGGGCAUCCGAGAGAACAACCCGGGGCGUCCAAUCCCAGCCAGUGCCGUGCUAGGUUUUCCCAGCAUGGACGACGUCAACUCCUGGCUGCAGAACAACAAGGAGCAGACCCUGGGGGCGUAUCACUUCAGCCCCAAUGGCUCAUCUGGCAUGGACUUCCUGCUCCAGAUCAACUCCACCGUCAAGCUCUUCCGUGGGCUGUACCAGGACCCGACCUUUUUCUCCCAGGUGCCGCUGCAAGUGGCCGCGGAGCGCGAGAUCGCGCGGUACCUGUGGCAGCUGGCGGGCAGGGACGCCGCCAACUUCUCCUGGACCAUCUCGCUGUCGGAGUUUGCGCACCCCACCGUGGACAGCAUCAACAUCGUGGGCCAGGCCAUAGGGCCCUUUGUCUUUGCCGCCAACCUCUUUGGCUUCGUGCUGCUGCUGUCGUCGGUGGUGAUGGAGCGGGAGCAAGGACUGCGCCAGGCACUCAAGAACAUGGGCAUGCUGGACUCCGCGUUCUGGCUCUCCUGGGGGUUCACGGAGCUCCUGGCCGGCAUUCUCUUCUCCCUGCUCAUCAUCGGGUUUGGCGCCGCCUUCCAGUUCGACUUCUUCCUGAACAACAGCUUCGGGGUGCUCUUCCUCGUAUUCUUCCUGUUCCAAUGGGCCAUGACCAGUACCGCCUUCCUCUUCUCCACCUUCAUCUCCAAGGCCACCUCCGCCGUCUACUUUGGCUUCGUCAUCUUCAUCAUCGGCUGGAUCUGCCAGGUGGUCAUCGCCUUUGGCUUCCCCUACACCCCCGACAACAUCGACUCCGUGCCGGCCCUGAACGUCAUUUUUGCCCUGCUCCCCUGGUCGCUCCUGGCCAAGGCCUCCUGGGACCUGGGCGCUGCUUCCGUGGCCUCCGGGCCGCAGGGCAUCCAGUGGUCGACGCGCGGAUCCUACUGCCAGAACAUCCAGGACCCAGAGGCGCAGGCCAAGGCUUUUGUCCCCGGGGUGUACCAGAAUUUUGACUGCGUGCUCAGCAUCGAGACCAUCAUGAUCUUCCUCACCCUGGAGGCCCUCGCCUACUUUGUCCUGGCGGUCUACCUGGACAAUAUCCUGCCCAACGAGCAGGGCGUGCGUCAGAAGCCCUGGUACUUCCUGCUGCCUUCGUACUGGCGCCGGGACAGGUCGUCUGCCAUUCCCCCUCCCAAAGCCAAGCGCAGGUUCUGGCCUUGGAAGCGGGCUGCUGCAGUGCAGCCCAGCGGACCCAGCGCAAACGGCUCCAAGGUGCCGAUCGACGCCGACGUGGCCGCAGAGGAGCAGCGCAUGAGGAACCUGCUCGAGCUUCGCACAGGACACGACCUUGCCACGUCGCCUGUGCCUCCGGCAGCCGUGGAGGUGUUUGGCCUGAAGCAGGUCUUCACACCCGGCAUCCUGACCAGAUUUGGGCACAGCCUGAACCGAUUCUUCUGCGGCUGGGUGCCGAAGCUGAGGCGGAAGAAGAACAGGCGCCCCGCCAAGCCGGUCUCCCAGCGCCUGAAGCCCUUCUGGGCGAUCAAGGGCUCCUGGUUCUCCAUCGAGCAGGACAAGCUGUUCUGCCUCCUGGGCCCCAAUGGCGCGGGGAAGACCACCACCAUCAACUGCCUCACAGGCGUGCUGCCCCCCACCGGCGGCGAGGUGCUGGUGUACGGCGAGCGCCUGGGCUCCUCCGGCGGCGCGGACCGCAUCCGCUCCAUCAUGGGCGUGUGCCAGCAGUUUGACGUGCUGUGGCCGGAGCUGUCCGGUGCAGAGCACAUGCACAUCUACGGCCGCGUCAAGGGCCUGCCCCGGUCCGCGCUGCGCGAGCAGGCCGCCGCGCUGCUGGAGCAGGUGCGGCUGCAGGGCGCGGCGCGCGUGCGCACGGGCGCCUACUCCGGCGGCAUGCGGCGCCGGCUGUCGGUGGCCAUCGCGCUGCUGGGCGACCCGCUGAUCGUGUACCUGGACGAGCCGACGACGGGGUUGGACCCCAUCUCGCGGCGCCACGUGUGGGACGUGAUCGAGGCAGCCAAGGCGGGGCGCGCCAUCGUGCUGACCACCCACUCCAUGGAGGAGGCCGACAUCCUGGGGGACACCGUCGGCAUCAUGGCGCGCGGCCAGCUGCGCGCGCUGGGCACGCCGCUGCGGCUGAAGCAGCGCUUCGGCUCCGGCUACCAGCUCAGCGUCAGCGUCGUGCCGCGCGUGACGGGGGCCGACGGGGCCGCCGCCGCCCGCGCGCAGGCCGCGCGGGCAGACGAGGUCAGGGCCUACUUCCGUGCCGCGCUGGGCGUGGCACCCGCCGAGGAGAACCGGGCCUACAUGCACUUCCUGGUGCCCAAGGCACGCGAGGCGGAGCUGCCGGGCGUGCUGGGCACGCUGCGCGAGCGCGGCUCGGAGCUGGGCAUCACCGACGUCCAGAUCGCGCUGACCAGCCUGGAGGAGGUCUUCCUCACCAUCGCGCGCAAGGCCGAGAUGGAGGCCGCCGAGGCAGAGGGACGCGGGUCGGUGGAGGUGCACCUGGACGACGGCACCAUCGGCCACGUGCCCCUGGGCGACGAGUUCGUGGAAAGCGAGAACGGCAACCGCUACGCGGUCAAGUGGGCGCAGGACGAGGCGGGGAACCUGCAGGUGCUGCGCUGCGUGCCGCUGAGCGCCAGCGAGGGCGCCCCGUCGGACGACCGGCCGACGGGGACCCCCUCCUCCACCGGCUCGGACGCGCCGCCGGGCGUGUCGUUCAAGCCGCGCCAGAGCGUGCUGCUUUGA